AUGUCGGGCAUCCUCAGCUCAAUCGCAGGCGCAUUCCGCUCGCCUGCACCUCGCCAGCCUCGCUACAUCGGCGCCGACGACGCCGUCGCCAUCGACGGCUGGCUCAUGGGCGGCUCCGACAAGGGUGCCUUCUCGAUCGACCAGCUCAUGGAGCUCGCCGGCCUCUCGGUCGCCCAGGCCGUCGCGCAGCUGUACCCGCUCGGCCCGCGGCUCGACAAGGACGCCAACGGCGUAAAGCGCAAGCGCGACAACGAGCGCGUCCUCGUCUGCUGCGGCCCGGGUAACCAGGGCGGCGACGGGCUCGUCGCGGCACGGCACCUCUUCCACAUGGGCUACGCCCCGAGCGUCUUCUACCCCAAGGAGUCCAAGGGCGAGAUCUUCCCCCGCCUCAAGAAGCAGUGCGAGAACCUCGGCCUACCCCUGAUCGCGCCGCCGAGCUCGGGCUCGUCGUCGUUCCCGAUGGCGGCCGACGCGCAGGACGUCGCCUUCCGCCGCGCCAUGGACAACACGGACGUCAUCCUCGACUGCCUCUUUGGCUUUUCCUUCAAGCCGCCCGCCCGCGCACCCUUCAUCACGGUCCUCGACGAGUUCAAGAAGACGUCCAAGCCGAUCCUGUCGGUCGACAUCCCGAGCGGGUGGGACGUCGACUCGGGCAACGCCGACGGGACCGGGUUCACCCCAGAUGCGCUCCUGUCGCUCACGGCGCCCAAGAAGGGCGUGCGCGCGUUUGUCGAGAGUGGCGGCAAGCACUUCCUCGGCGGUCGCUUCGUCCCAGACGCGGUCGCCAACGAGUUCAAGCUCGACCUGCCCGAGUACCCCGCCAACGGCAGCCAAGUCGUCGACAUCACGUGGCGCAAGGAGUACCGCCCGGCGUCGACCUCGUCCCGCGUCGCCGCGUGGACCAGCGCCGUCCUGCCGCGCACCCGUGCCCCGCCGACCGCCUCGAUCCCGACCUCGGGCGGGUCCUCGGCCCGGAUCCGCCUCGAGGACCCUCUCGCGCUCCUCAAGGACGAACUCGGCUCGCUGCGGCACAACAUCACGAGCCUGCUCGGCAGCAAGCACCCGGCACUCGACACGAUCGCCAAGUACUACUUCCAGGCCGAGGGCAAGCACGUGCGGCCCAUGGUCGUCCUCCUCAUGAGCCAGGCGACCAACGGCUUGAGCCCGCGGUGGACCGACGUCGAGCUGCGCGAGCGGGGCCGCGAGCAGGACCGCCGCGAGGGCAAAGGCCGGGGCGUCGACGAGCCGCUCGAGCAGGAGGACGUCCUCAACGACGACAACCCGAGCAUGAUGCAGCGCGCAAAGGACCUCCUGUCGAACCCGCUUUCGAUCCUCUCCUCCUCUCCUUCCUCCUCCGCCUCGUCCUCUUCCUCCACCGACUCGUCUCUCAACCUCCUCCCGACCCAGCGACGACUGGCCGAGAUCACCGAGCUCAUCCACGUCGCGUCUCUCCUGCACGACGAUGUCAUCGACCUCGCCGAGACGCGGCGCAGCGCCCCGUCGGCGCCGUCCCUGUUCGGCAACAAGCUGUCGAUCCUCGCCGGCGACUUCCUCCUCGCGCGCGCGUCGCUCGCCCUGAGCCGCCUCGGCAGCAACGAGGUUGUCGAGCUCGUCGCGUCGGUCCUCGCCAACCUCGUCGAGGGCGAGGUCAUGCAGAUGAAGGGCAACAUGCCCAACCGCGCGACGCCAAUGUCGCCCCGUACCGCGUCGUCGUCGCUCGCCGCGACCGACCCGAGCGCCGUCGCGGCCGCGUCCCUGAGCGGCAACGGGCCGACACCGGCCAUCUUCGAGCACUACAUGCGCAAGACGUACCUCAAGACGGCGAGUCUGAUCGCUAAGAGCGCGCGCGCGACGACGGUCCUCGGCGGGUGCGGCGCGCUCCAGGGGUGGAAGGAGGGCGAGCGCGUCAAGGACGCCGCGUACGAGUACGGGCGCAACCUCGGCAUGGCGUUCCAGCUCAUCGACGACAUGCUCGACUUUACGGCCUCGGCCGCCGAGCUCGGCAAGCCCGGCGGCGGCGCCGACCUCAAGCUCGGGCUCGCGACGGCCCCGGCCCUGUACGCGUGGGACGAGUUCCCCGAGCUGGGAGAGCUCAUCGAGCGCAAGUUCGAGCGCGAGGGCGACGUCGAGCGGGCAAAAGACCUCAUCCUGCGCUCGUCGGGCGCGACGCGCACAUUCGACCUCGCGGCGGCGCACAGCCAGGCGGCCAUCGAGGCGCUGCACCGCCUCCCCGAGUCGGACGCGCGCGAUGCGCUCGAGAAGAUUGCGAGCGACGUCUUGACGAGGAAGAAGUGAGUGGCGGCGGACGGGCGAGGGCGAGGGCGAGGGUCGGGAGCCGAGGUAGACGGGCGAGGAGGGACGAGGCGAGGCGAGCUUGAGACGGAUACCGGGCGAGUAGAGCUAGACGGCCGAGGCGUGUAUGACAUAGCAAACCCCUUGCACAGCA